AUGAACCUGUGAUACUGCGAGCGUCCAAGCACAACCCUAUCAGUGCCUAAUUUACACCGUGCUACAACAACAACAACUGAAUUAAGGAGAUACAACGGAUUGUAUUUGUGUGAGCGUUAGAUAUGUCUUCAUUAGAUCGGUUGAAAGCCACAAAGCCAUAUGCUUAUAAGUACAUACCUACUCAUACAUAUGUAUGUGUCGAUAUAUAGGUAUGAGUGUGUGUGUGUGUUUGUAAGCGUUGCUUCAAAUACAAAGAGCUAUAAAAUUAAAUAAACGAAGCCAAAAUUAACAUGCGCGCAACAACAACAACAAGUACAACAACAACUAUGAUAACUAGGUGUCUUCCAAAGUCGUAAUUUCAAAUAUCAUAUGGUCCUAGCAGCAUAGAAAUGACGCCAUCACCACACACACCCGCACCCCUUGCACCGAGUGGCAGGUGUUUUAAAUCUCAGGCCACCUGCGCAUUUGGCUUAACUGCUCGAAGUAUGGGUUGCGGGUUAGAACUCAAAACGCUGUCGCACUGGCUGUUGGGAAAUCAGUUAACGCCUUGCCGUCGACUCGUCCAGUUGUGCAGUUCCACUCCGUUUGGAGCAGCUUGUGUCCGCGUAGUGAAUUGUAUUGUGCUCAAGUGUGCUUCUUGAUCAGUGAAUUUUGGUUUCCGUUAACAUUGCGGUUUAAUUGUAAACAGGAAAACACUCGGUUUACGCUUGGAAAUGUUACCAACCCCCGGUAUUUGGAAUAGCAGCUUGUUUCUAUGCUUUUUGUUACUGUAUUUCUUGCAAGUGGACUCCAUACAUACCGAAGAGGGUUUGGAGCUCUUAUUUCGAGAAAGAUCACAAUCGGAUUGGGAAAAUGUCUGGCAUCAGGAGACACACUCACGCUGUCGCGACAAAUUGAUACGUCAACUGUUCUGGGCCUGUGAGAAGGACAUUUAUCGGCUGACACGGCGCAAUCGCAAACGUACGGACAAUGAAGCAAUGCAUAAAAGGAGCAAACCCAUCGCACGUACCUGGUUGAAAUUGGAUUAUGUCAACACGCUGUUGCGCACACGACGCGCCGAUGCGCCCUCGAUUACGAAUGAGUGUUGCACUAAGGUCGGCUGCACUUGGGAGGAAUAUGCCGAGUAUUGCCCCUCGAACAAGCGUCGUAAUCAUUACUGAGAUGAGGAGGAGACCAAAGCGCGUGGCAAAGUGGAUUAAUGAAUAAGGAAUAAUGAAUAAUGAGACUUAAGAUAUGCAACAUCAGGAUGAAUAGGUUCAACCCGGAUAAUGAAAGUGAGCAUAGUGUAUUUGGUAAAAACAUGUUAUUUUAAAAUAUAUGGUAGCUGUUAUAUAAGAUAUACAAAUAUUAUGUGCGAUUGAUUAGAAACAAGUUGUUGUAAAAAUAAAAUAAAAUCUUAACGAAAUGCUUGUAAAAUAUUAUAGAUAAAUACUCAUAGUUACAUGUAUGUAUGUAUACAAAUGCAUUGUAUAAAUGUAUGUAUGUAUAAUGAAUUGUUGUGUUUGCAUCAAAUAAAAAGUAUAUAUAUUUUGUUUUCUACUCGAUGGUGAAGAAAUGUGGUAACAAAAAAGGUAUAGGGGAAUACAUGGUUUGUCCGGAAAGUAAUAGGACUGAUUUUUUUCCGCCGUGACUGUACUUCGGAGCGUGCGCGCACCGACUGGAUUCAGUAGAGGGCGUUCCUAGUUAACGAACGAGCGGUGGUCUUCGAGCACUUGGAGAGUCAGGACAAACAUUUUCGCACAACAUGUUUCUGUGAGUGGUGCACAAAUGCAGCGUUCGUUAGAGCAGAGGUACGCGACUAAAUUCUGUGUUAAACUCGGUAAAUCUGCGACAGAGACAUUUUGAUAUGAUCAAACAGGCUUACUCAGAUGUUGCUUUAGCAAGAAGUGGUAUCUUUCGGUGAUACCAGGCCUUUUUGGAGGACCGGGAAGAAGUCGGACAAACGUGAAAGUCCUCAAAAGACUCUGGCGAAGGGUCAAUCGGGUCCAACAAGAUAUCGCAGCCGAUUGAAAGUUUUACCACGACAA